AUGCCGAAGAUCCUGUCUGGUGAGACCUGCCUUACUGAGCUGCCUCGAUCUGGUCCUUGGGAGCACAGGAUCGUUUUCCCCCGAGCCUCUCUGCGCGUUUCUCGUGGGAGGACGGAGCAUGGCGACGCAUGGCGUGUGGGGUUUACCAAGGAGCAGUGUCGAACCAUCACAAUGAGCCAGAGUGAUUGGGAGUCCUGGCACCAGCGACACACAGCAAACAGCAAGAAGAUCUCCUCGGGUCAGAACUGGCGGGUUCCUUUCCAGAAGAUUGUUGGACACACGUAUCUACCAAUCGGUUCAAUGGAGAACUCACUCAAGAAUUUUAGGAACUCAACGUAUGAAUUACGAUCGAACGGCGGAGCCGCCAACGAUUACUUGGAAAAACAUACCGGACACGUCCCCACCCCUUGA